CAGUAAUUCAAUACGAGCAAAAAAGAAUCUUCUCACUACAUCAAAAAUCCUGUUCUUUUUCUUGAAAAAAAAAAUUCAGUGUCAAUCGUCACUCGCGAGUCUGAGAAUGAAAGAUUGGGGGAGGCCACGUGAGCACCAUGCAACGAAGAUAACAAUCGGAGGUCACCUUCCGAGUGAUUACGAAUACGGCUUUUCCUUCCAACAGUGACGCUGCAAAGGCAAGAGGAUGAUCUGGCUUGUUGAUCCUAUUACCUCCUACUCGUAUUGAACAUGAUACAAUCUCUGACCUCUUAUUUCCAUUUCACACAAUACUUCCAUCGCCACAGAUGUGCUCGUACUUCUAUCUUAUUCCCCCAGCGACAUCGGCCAUUAGCCCGCAAGGAUGCAGUCUCAGUAAUGACAUCAACCAGACACUACGUGUGAUACACAGGAUGAGUCAGCAGUCGCCACCUUGCGUCGGCCUCCUCCCAGACCACUUUUGAAACGGCGUGCAUCCUCCUUGCUGUUGUGAUUGCAGCACCAAAAGUCAGUAUUCAGGAUACAGGAUUCAAAAUGCAAAUUGUCUUCAACCUCAAGGGCUAGCUUACCUUCUUCGACAUCGAUACAGAACCUGCUUGCAACCUCGCUUGAUCUUUGAUCUCCACAGCUGAAAGCUCAUCUUGCAGCGAUUAUUACCGAAACUUGAACCUGCAUCUUGAUCAACACUCCAGUCAUCAGAAGGCGUCACCACUUGUUGUCCAGCGUCCAACCAAAGAAUCCACUGGGCUGAGAUCUGAGCUUCGUUCCUUUCCUGCCAGCACCGUCUCGGAUUUUCACAACCACUUUCUUUGUCUCCUUGUUGGGAAAAACUGACAUCCACGUACCUGUGUCUUUGCCUGAGCUCAUUUGCUCAUGGAGUUUGCAUUUAGCGCAGAGGGACGCUUCUUGCACUGAGCCACAUUUCUUCUUGUUGGAGCACAGUUUUUGGUUUCCGUCUCCGCCUGCUGCUGCACAUUUGUGGUACACUCGUGGUUGGUCGGCCCAGUGCCUGCAUGGAGCGUGGUACACGUCCUCCACGUAGCACAUGUUGGACUGGAAAUUGAGUAGCUCCAAGAUAUGGCUAUGAUAUACCGAUCGCUGUCAUGGGUCCGGAAGUCCUUUGACAUACCUUGAAAGGAUUCUUUGAUGGCCCUCCGACUUUCAUUGUCAGUUGAGCCAUCAAGGCAUUCAUUCUUUGUGCUCGAACAAUACACUGCUGUUUUCCAUUGUCGGUCAGUGAGUUCGAGGCUUCCCAUGUCGGCCUGCCUCCGGCAGAAUGCAUGUUGAAGCUUUUGUUCAAGACUGAGAAGAUAUGCGGUCUUGCGGCAGGCCUUCCAGAGCCACUGUCUUCGGCUGUGAAGAUUUUGGUUCCAGGUAAUGCGCUGAAGAUAUCCUAAAAGACGGACUACAUCUUCACUUCUCUGCAAAGCUUCUUUUGAUGCCGAAAUGAAGCAGGUGGUCCAAACAAACCAUCUCUGUACGCUUGCUAUACUAUACCUCUAUUUGUUGCAUUGUUAUUGUCAAAUGAGGCACAACAAGGAAUCCUGUUGCUCCUCUUGCUAACAAACACCACGGGAACAUGGCUCAUAGCCGGCUUCAUAUCGAGCCGUCUUUCAAGUCGCCUCGCUGCAGGACAAAGCCAACCUUUGAACCGGGAUGACAAGCUCAUCGAUCAGAGAUUACUGGACGCAUGUGAGAUAUCUGUUAUUGCGCAGUAUGAGACGACAAAGGCGUGAAUCCUCCACUCCACGAAUCAACUUUAUGAGGAGAUGAGUUGAUGGACUUUGUCUAUGAAAGCUCGGACCACAUGGCAUUAGGAAUUCCUCCAGACCACAUUCCUGUGCCUCACCACGUUUCCCGGUCAUCUUCACAGUCUUGUUUACGUCCGUCAUUUGCGAUACAUCUGCCCCCAUUGCUUCGUUACUGACUCCAAACUACCACUUCGCAGCGUUGCAAGACAAUGCGAACAUUUCGACCAUGUCUCUCGCAGACUCACCCGAUGGCAUGUUCCGACCAGAAGAUAAGGCAUUCAAAAUGCUUUUCGGGGCAUCUACUGACGAGGGCAAUUCCUUCGAAGAGUUCUUCAAUGAAGACAUGUACAAGCUGGACGGUAAUGACGAAGAGAACAAAGAGCAGGCUCACCAUUCUGAGGACUUCUUUGGCAACGGGGGCUUCAACGGAGAUCAGUACAAACUUCCCUCGCUCACUCUACGGUCAAACGAGCAGAACUCGCCAACCCAACCCUGGCGAGAGGGAGUAUGGUGCCUAAGGCAAAGAGGACAGCAUUCAGCAUUGAUGGUGGAGAAGACACGCAGAUCCGAAACAAAGCGACCAUCUCCAAUGCAAACAAUGGAUGUCGUCAACCAGUACACCCAGAGAGCGCCUGCUCCAGCCUCGUUGGAUGUGAACUUCCUGGGCCGAACAAAGCGAUAUGCGACCUCCCCACACGCCGGCUCAAUAGAUUCGCCCAGCUAUUCACAUCCUCCCUUCCACCGUGAAGCCACUCUUUCUCCAAGCCCAAUGUAUUGCCAACUUCCUACCUCACUCAAGGCCGGUCACGGCGAGACUAGCACGUGGCAACAAGAUUUCCAGAAUUUCCAUAUCUGCUUACCUUACGAACCACGGCUUCAGUCUCCUUCGCUCCACUCGCCCUCGACCAUCAGAAUGCAGGACCAACAGGCAGUAUCGACCCGUCAGAUGAAUUCGGCGAGAAUGGCCGAAAACCACGGUGUCGCUCUGUCACCGAGACUUCAAGCAUUACGAGAAGGAUAUUAUUCGGGUGCGAUUGAUCCAUUUGUCUUUGAGACGCAGGAGCUCCAGCAGAGUCCGUCUCAUUACGAGCCCCUGUCGCCACGACACCCGCGUGCCAACACUCAUGGACCAUUGUCAAUGCAUUCACCCAGCAGCGGCAGCGUUCCAUCAUCGGGCAGCUCUCAUCAUUCUUAUGAGGCAAGAUCUCAGACCUCAAACACCAGUGUUGACAUGCAUUCACAGCCAGUAUACUCUCCGCCUACAAUUCUAUCGCACCCGCCUCUCCCAACCUUGGAGCCAGAAGAAACCUACCCUGUGUUAGCUGCGCCGAACCCUCAACGCAUUCCUCAUCCAAUUUUGCAGCAGCCGAUACAUGCUCCGCUCGCAGGGCUAGGUAUCCGAUAUCCAGAGUUGGACCAGAUGAGCCAAGCAGUCCUCUACGAGCCACAGACAUAUACCAUGCAAGACUCUGCAACUGUUGGAAUGGCGUUGCCGUAUCCUCCUCCAGCGCGGCCCGCACCGGGCGCCCUGUCUUCAUAUCCCCCUCUUCCACCACCUCCCUCGUACGUGUUUUCUGAUCAUUCGCCGUUCACGACUCCUCGCAAGCAGCGACGGUCACCAUCACGGUCACCUUCGCCUCCGAUCUCGCCAACAAACAUCAGCCCUCGCAGAAAUCCGCGCCGUUCACCAACGAGGACGGUCACAGAUUAUACUCAUAGUCGACGAAAGUCGAUUCAUAAAUCGGGCCCAAUCAAAGAUAACACUACACAAGAGCCACUGCCGACUCCUCGGGCUCGGUCGUCUUCCAGACCGCCUCGCACACCGAAAGGUCCGAAGACACCCACCGGUGGCGGCCAGCUAGUUGACUUCGUCAAUUUCACACCAGCGGAUUCAGCAAAACUGAUGAAUGAUGUCGCUCCAAGUGGCAGUUCCAAGACCAGAGCUCGGAGGGAACUGGAGGCAAGGGAGAAGAGGAAGAAAUUGAGCGAAGCUGCAUUGAAAGCAGUGAAAGUUGCAGGUGGCGAUGUGGCUGUUUUUGAGAAAGCGAUCUUUGCAUAAUGAAUGCUGCUGUACGGAUACUGUUAUAAUAAUGUAGUUCUUAAACUGCUGUAGUGCAAGUCAAUCGGGAGUCCAGCUGUCAUACGUUGCACAGCAGAAUAUGUAUGUCUUAUUUACCUUGCGCCAAUAUCAGAACAUUCC